ACAUCUUAGUUCAAGAUCUUCUACUUCCUUGCCUGCUAAGAAAUUGAUCUCCAUUUAUCUCCAGUUCUUCCACUCAAUUCACACCAUUCCAGCUUUUCAAUUGCCAACGAAAAACCAUGGAACAGCCUCUUCUCUCAGAGAAAAGAAGUGGAAUUGACGAGAGCGAGAGGUUGAGCUCGUAUCAGUACGUGGGCAGAACAGGGUCGGCGAUUCCGACGUCUUCGUUGGCCGGUACGGAUGUUAGCAUUGAAGAGAUUCGAUCGGCCGCUUCUUUUUCUACCCAUUACCCGCCAUCUAUUCAUGCUCCUUUGAUUAGCUCCCCCGAACCCCAUCCCAACGAGCAAGUUAUUCCCCACCAGGGUCCUUACGCAAAUGAUUAUGGGGCGUACUCCAAUGAUUACCAAACGCAAUUGUUGGAUGAGGUUGAGAUACGAGAGUUGCUCAUCGAUCAUAUCGGUCAUCGAUGCUGUUGGGGGAGUCGCCCUGCUCGUACAUGGAAGAUCCAUGCUGUUGAGGAUUGCAAUGUUUAUGUGGGAACUCUCGAAUCGUUCGUAGAAGAAAGGGAAGUGGUCGGAGAAACGGAACCUUACCAUGGUGGUAACAUUGAUGGAAAGGAUAAUAAUCCUGAACUUGGCCUUUGGGAAUUGGAUUUAAGAUCACAAUUCCCUGUUCUCUUUGUGCCGUAUAAAGAAACACGAAUCAAGAUUCCUCGUAGUGAGACCGUUGAGAAAUGUUCAGAUUGUGCUGGACGAGGAAAUAUUCCAUGUCCUACCUGCAACGCAGGCCAAGAACCUGGAUUUUACAAAGAAAAACAGAUGUCCCCAUGCCCCGCUUGCUAUGGAAGGGGAUUAAUUGCUCACAGAGAUGGAUCAGACACCAUAUGCACAAAAUGCGAUGGAAAGGGGAGGCUACCUUGUGCAACUUGUGGAUCUCGUGGCUUACUUAAAUGCGAGACAUGCCACGGAAGCGGUUCGCUGUUGACACGCAAGAUUGCCGUCGUUAAAUGGAAGACACUUUCGACGCGAAAAGUAAGUGCAACGAGUGGAGCAGCAUCGGUUCCGGACGAGAUUUUCCACAGGGCCAAAGGUGUUCAGUUGUGCAACACUCAGGCAUAUCAAUGCACUCCAGCCUAUUUCGCCGACUCUUUCUCCCUCAACAAGUUCUCUUCCGACGUCAUUGCAGACAGGGCCUCUGUGCCUCCAACCGCCAGGGUCAUAUGCGAGCGACACACAAUCUCGGUUGUUCCAGUGACCCGUGUCACCAUGCGUCAUCGUAGUCAAUCGUUCAGCUUCUACAUCGUCGGGUACAGCCGGGAAGUGUACCUCAAGGAUUACUACCCCCCGCGAGGUUUUGCUGGGGAUUGUGCCCUUGCCUGGAAUGGCUGAAAGUGUAGAACAAGUUGGACAUCAUUCCUCAACUAUUUAUCGCUGCUCGUGACUUGGGGUGCCAUAUCAAAAUAAAUGAAGUGCUUCUUUUCCUGAUAUUCAAAAGACUACGCAGUGUAAUUUCCAUGCGAUUUUCAUAAUUAUUUUUUGCAUUACGA